AUGGAAACAGCAAUUACGCAUUAUAAUCGAGCAGAAUACAUUGAGACUGACACUGGCAAUAAAGUAAGCCGAAAAUCAGUCAUUUGUGGAAGUCAAAAUAUCAUCCUAGGUGGCAAGACGAUCAUCCAGACUGAUUGUGUCAUUCGUGGUGAUCUACGAAGAACAGGAGGUGGACAUGCAGUUGUGAUAGCUAUUGGUCGCUAUUGUCUACUUGCACAGGGUUCUAUUAUCCGUCCUCCUUAUAAGACAUAUAAAGGUGUUUUUAGUUAUUAUCCUAUGAAAAUCGGAGACCAUGUCACUAUUGGCGAGGGGAGCAUUAUUGAAGCUGCUACAAUAGGAUCCUAUGUGACUAUAGGAAAGAACUGUAUCAUUGGUCGAUUUGCUAUGAUUAAGGACUGUUGUUGUAUUACUGAUAACACAGUAAUACCACCUAACACAGUUGUCCCUUCAUUCUCAGUCUAUUCAGGCUCACCAGGUAGCUACCAGGAUGAAUUACCUGAAUGUACACAGGAGUUAUAUGAAAACAAGACAAAGGAUUAUUACUCAAAAUUCACUGCAAAAGAUUAG